GUACGUGGAUAUACUCCAAGGAGUCGCACAGGGCUGUACGAUGUCACCCACUCUUUUCAAGAUUUACAUCAACGACUUGAUAAGGACGGUUGAAGCAACAGGUAUACAUACGUACCUGGGAGUAGAGAUUUCGAAGGAGUGCUCAUGGGACGCACACAUAGCAAAGUUGAUUGGGAAGGGUAAAGCUCAGAUAGGCAAGAUGGACGAGAUCCUUACGGAACCACACCUAGACACUAGGAUUAAGAGGUGUGUUCUCUUGAAUGUGAUUGUACCUAAGCUAGAGUAUGCAGGAGAGGUAUGGGAAGGUAACGAAAAGGCCGUCAAGCAGCUGGAAACGGUGCAGAUGGCAGCGGCCAAGAAAAUACUAGGAUGUUCAAGUACAACGAGCAACACUGUAUUGAGAGCAGAACUGGGAAUGUACUCUCUUAAAACAAAGAGAGACAUGCAAAAGUUGAAUUGGCAGUACAAGGUAAGUAGUAUGUCGGACGAUAGACUACCAGCCAUGGUUGACAAGGCAGCUUGGGGAAAAGCGACUCCAGGGAAGAAAGGAAUCAGAUGGGACAAGGUGGUAGAGAGGGUUUGGAAGGAGAUAGGAAACGAGGAGGAGACAUUGGACACGGAAGGGUUCGGGGGGUCCAAGAAGAAAGUCAAGGAGAUGCUUGAAAGUAGGGAGGAGACAACCCUUCGGAAGAAGGUACGAAGCGAAGACCACUUGGAGAUAUACGGGAAGUUGAAAGAAGGGAUAGGGAUGAAAAGUUACUUGGAAGGCCCCAUGGACUACGCAAAAAAACUGAAGUUGCAAUUUCGAGUAGGCGAUCUGGACUUGCCAGAACGGAGGAAGAGGUACAGCAGCCGUAGGAGAGAGGAAGAGGAGGAUAGACAGACAUGUCCAUGUGGCAAAUCGGAGGAGAGUAGACCCCACAUAGUUGGGGAGUGUGAGCUGUACAGGAAGGAAAGAGAGGAUCUCGAGGAGGACAUGAGACAGAGAGGGUGUGACAUGGACAAGUUUGGUAAAUUAGACAACAGCGAACAAACGAUCGUUGUAAUUGGGGAUAGAUGGUGGGCACAAGAGACCGUAGAGGACGGGGAUAAGAUGUGCAAGAAAUUUUUAUGUAGUUUGUGGCAGAAACGUAAAGAGCUCCCAAAUGACCAGUACGGACAUUAG